GUGGGCACAGGUGGGUGGCACUGGUGGGCACAGGUGGGUGGCACUGGUGGGCACAGGUGGGUGGCACUUCUGGGCACAGGUAUGUGGCACUGCAGAGUGGCACAGGUGGGGGCACUGCUGGGCACAGGUGGGUGCACUGCUGGGCAUGGGUGGGCGGGGCUAGUGGGCGCACUGCUGGGCGGAACUUGCGGAUGUCACUGCUGGGCACCGAUCAUCAGGGCACUGAUCAUCAGUGCCCUGAUGAUCGGUGCCGAUCCCCGCUGUGACAACUGCUGGUUCUCGGCAGUACUUUCCUCAUGAUCUGACAGCGUGAGGAAAGUGCAGCCGAGAACCGGCACUUGCAU